UGCUGAAUUUCUGACUGAAGCAAGUGAGAGAGAUGAAAUCAGAAACGAAGGAAUUAAAUAAGAGAGAUGAAGAGGUUAGUUGAAGGGUUUUAUUACCCAAGGAUACAAAUGUCAUUUCACGCAACAUUUGGGAGGGAAAAUGGAAAAAAGGGCCCCACAAACGUCUGGAUUUGACGGAAGUUAGGUUUUGGGGGUGCAACCAAAAUUUUUAUAAAACGUUUGGGGGUUCAUUUCAAAAAAAAAAAACAAAAAGGGGAUUGUUUUAAAAUUCACCAAACGUAAGGGUGUUUUAACCAAAAAAUCCUAAAGUUAAUAAAAUCAUAUUUAUAUAAAGAGAGUAAAAUCACAUACUCCAAUAUAAAGAGAGUAUAAUUUUGGAUAGCCAAAAUUGUCAACAACUACCUAAUAACUAUCACUUUUCAUAAACAACUACCUAAUAUAAAACUUUUUUUAAUUCAACUACCUAAUAUAGCCAUUCCGUCAACAUAACACUACCAAAAUCGUUAACUUUUGAAUUUUCCGUCAACUUUUCGAAAAUCCCCAAUUACAUGAAUAUUAAUUUCAAUCAUUUCAAGAAACCCCAUUUUGAUGAACCUUAAUUUCAUCAAUUUUUCCACAAAUUUCAAUUUAUAAACCCAGAUUUCAUUAAUUCCCCAAAACCCCAAUUUUAAAUCCUUAUUAAAUCAAGGGAUUAUAAACAAGCAAAGCACAAAGCCCAUUAUGAAGUUGAAUGUAUCUGUACAAUCUGCUAGCAAUCGGUGACUUUUUCACUACAUUAUCCGAUGAGAAUGUCACUGCUCCUCCUCCUACUGUCAUUCUUCUUCUAUCAAAUUAAUCAAAAACCCUAAACACAAAAUCUUCCACACUUAAAUUGUGGAUUAUAGUUGCAAGAGUCUAGGAUCAAACACAAAUGUGGGGUUGGUUUCUUGUGUUCUUCCCUUCGCUCCACAAAAUGGAUGUGACGUUUACAGGGAGAUGAAUUCUUGAAGAGAGAUGAAGAGCAACCCAUAAGGGAGAUGAACAAAUUCUUAGCCUAUGAGUCUUAGUCUCAGUAUAUAAGUGUUUCUAGGGUUUGGGGAUAUCGAACAAAUUUUAAGUAAACCAAACAGACCAUCAUGAUUCGAUCCAAAAUCCAUCCAAAAUCCAAUGUAAAACUCACCAAAUUAACAACAAUCACCAGCACCUGCACAACCAAAAUACCCAUUAAGAUGCUGCCAAGCCAUAUGGUAAAAAGCCCACCUAAAAAAAUGCUCAAAACCCCAAAAAUCUGGGAUUACUUUGAAAGAUUCAGUACUUUCACUGCAUGGAGGAAGCUCAAAUAUGUAUUUUCAUCCAUGAAUUUUGGUGGAGCAUUUCUACUUAAGGAAAAUUAAUGAAAUCCCCAAUUACUUAACAAAUAAGGGUUUAGAAAUUGGGGUUUUUGGAAAAUUAAUGAAAUAUGGGUUUAUAAAUUGGGAUAUUGGAGAAAAUUGAUGAAAUUAAGAUUUAUUAAAAUGGGGUUUGAAAUGGUUAAAUUUAGGGUUCAUUUAAUUGGGGAUUUUUGAAAAGUUAACAGAAAAUUCAAAAAUUAACGGUUUUGGUAGUGUUAUCGUUGACGGAAUAGUUGUAUUAGGUAGUUGAAUUAAAAAAGUUUUAUAUUAGGUAGUUGUUUAUAAAAAGUGAUAUAUAUUAGGUAGUUGUUUACAAUUUUAACUUCUGGAUAUUUAUUUAUGUAAAUCGAAGUUUUCUCUAUAUACUAAUAUGUGAAAUUUUCCUAACCAAAAUAUAAAAAGAUAUAGGUCUAGGGAGCUAAAAGAGGAGGAAUGAUAAACAUAUAAUUGAUAGAUGCAAAAAAACAUCUAUCAGGCAUUAUAAUAAUAUAUUCCCAAUAAAAGGUAUUUGUGGUCCCCUAAAGAAAGUAACGGCGUUAAGGAAAGAGAAAGAAGUGAAGAAAAAGAGAAAAAAGUCCAGAAACUAGGAGAGAGAAAUUGAAGAAAAAAGUCCAGAAACUAGGAGAGAGAAAUUGAAGAAAAAAGUCCAGAAACUAGGAGAGAGAAAUUGAAGAUGAGAAACUUGAGAAAAAAGUCCAGAAAUUCCAGAGAAAUUACAAGAUGAGAAAGAUAAGGAAUAAUUCAAGGAAUAAUUGAAGAAUUUAUUGAAGAUGAGAAGAUGAGCAGUAGCGGUAUGGAAUCGGUAAUGAAGGAAGGGUGCGAACAUGCAGUUCCCAUAGCUGCGGAGUACAUGAAUUGUGUUCAAUUGGUUGAUAAUGAUGAACUGGCUGUUAUUGAGACACCUGAUCCUCAUAGUUGUGGAUCAAACACUGUUGUGCAACCACCUGCAGUUGGUAUGGUGUUUGGGACAUGGGAAUAUGCUGAUGAUUAUUUUAGGAGAUAUGGAAAGCAGGAAGGUUUUGGUGUAAUUAGGGCAGCUGGUUCUUUGAAGAAAGUAGGUGUGAAAGGGAAAGAGGUGACCGGUGGAGAAGUGAAGAAGGAGUUUAGGAAUUACACUUGGAAAUGUGAGUGUAAUGGAAGCCUGACAUGA